AUGUACGGAAGUGCUGAAGAUGGGCAAGCAUACAAAAGUACAGAGAAGGAGGCAAAACGAGCCGUGGCUAAAGCUAAAGCUGAAUCAGUAAGGGGGGGCAUACAAACAACUACAGAAAAAUCAGAAUAUGGGACAACUCAUAUGGAUAGGUGGUUCAAUUAUUUCGAGAAAUUGCUGAAUGAAGAAAAUGUAAGAGUGAAAACUGAAGAAGGAGGGGCAAACGAAGGAUUAACGAUGGAUAUAAGUAGAGAUGACGUCGAACGGGCAGUUGAAAAGAUGAAAAAUGUGAAGACAGUUGGCACAGACCAGAUCCCCGUUGAGGUAUGGAAGUGUCUCGGUAAAAAGGGAAUUGAGCUCCUUUGGGCUUUAAUGAAGAAGAUUUGGCGACAGUUGGAGAUGCCAGGCGAGUUGAGAACUAGUGUACUGAUCCCAAUAUUUAAGGGGAAAGGUGAUGUGCAAGACUGCAGUAACUAUAGAGGUAUUAAACUGAUGGCACGCACAAUGAAAAUUUGGGAAAGAGCUAUAGAAGCAAGAUUACGCAAGGAGACUGUGGUGUGUGAAGAACAGUUUGGGUUCAUGCCUGGAAGAGGAACAACUGAUGCAAUACAUGCUUUAAGGCGGAUAGUGGAGAGACACGGGGAGCUAUAA